AUGACCCGCGCUCCACCCCGUCGAUCUCGGAGCUCCUCCACACCAGACCUCCCGCCGCUGCUGGAGCUUCUCCACGCCCGACCUCCUCCCCGCCGCCGGAGCUCCUCCACGCCCGGCCUCACCCCCGCCGCCGGAGCACCUCCACGCCCAACCUCACCCCCGCCGCCGGAGCUUCUCCCCGCGGUCGGAGCUUCUGCCCCCUCCUCCCGCCGACGAGCUCCUCCACACCAGACCUCCCGCCGCCGCCGGAGCUUCUCCACGCCCGACCUCCUCCCCGCCGCCGCAGAUCCUCCACGCCCGGCCUCACGCCCGCUGCCGGAGCACCUCCACGCCCGACCUCACCCCCGCCGCCGGAGCUUCUCCCCGCGGCCGGAGCUUCUCCCCGCUCCUCCCGCCGAUGAGCUCCUCCCCUCCUCCCAGAUCGACGGGGUUGCACGAGUCGCGUCGUCACCAUACCGCCUGCUCACCCUCUCCUCGGCCUAUGUCGUCACCAAAGUUGUAUUCGAGUCAAUUAUUUGGCGUGUAUUCAUUUUAGUUAUAGAUACAGUUAGGUUGUAUUCGAGUCAAUUAUUUGGCGUGUAUUCAUUUUAG